UAGAGCUCAGGCCAUGAACUUAGGAGAUGGUUUAAAGCUUGAAACUGAAUUACUGGAUGGAAAAACCAAGUUAAUAUUGUCUCCAUAUGAAUGUAAAUCAAAAAAUUCUGUGAAGAUGAGAAAUAAGACCAAGAUUGCAAAAUGUCCAUUAAGAACAAAACAGACUGGAUACAUUUUAAAAUCAACACAAAAUACUUGUAUCAGGAGUGGAAAACUUUUGCAAAAGAAGAGAAUGGGUUCAGAAACUUCACAGGCAAAAGGUGAAGAAAAUAGUAUGGCUUUUUCACCUACUAAGGAUUUAUGCAAGCAGUAUGUAGAUAAAGACUGUUUUUAUGUCCAGAAAGAGAUUUCACCUGCAACCCCCAAAAUACAGAAGACUAGAAACACCGUAAAUACACCUGUAGUAUCUAAAGAGAAGCUUUGCCAAAAACACAUCACAGCUGAAAAUAUGAAGAGAAGUUUGGUGUGUCUAACACAAGACCAACUACAACAGAUUUUGAUGACUGUGAACCAAGGGAAUAGAUGUGUUUCCCUGAUUGAAAAUGGAAAGGAGGAAACAUGUCAGGGGAGUCUACAUUUAAACAAUAUUUCUAAUCAGCCAAAGGAUGAGAAUGCUAUGGGAGUACUCCAAAAAACCGAGGCUCUUUCAUCUGUCCUAGAUGAAAAUAAAUCUGUUAAUCAAGAGACAUCUAAGCAGAAUGAACGGAAAAUUGCCAUAGAGAAUGUAUGGAAACCAGGCGACAUAUUCAGUACUCUGGGAGAAAGAGAACGUGAUAGAAAUUUGUUGGAAGCAAAAAAAGCCCAAUGGAGGAAAGAGCUUGAUGAACAGGUUGCUUUAAAGAAGAAAGAAAAAGAAGCUUCUGAAAAAUGGAACAAUCCUUGGAAAAAAUUUGAAAAUGAUAAAUUAGUAUGGGAAAAAUGUCAAGUUCUUGACCAAUCUAAGACUUGUGCUAGCUCUUCCAGCAUUCUGUCACAGUCUCCCCAUCAGGUAACAGUGGUCCAGGCUGAUGGGCACCCACUACUUAGAGCUGGUCAAAUUUUAGAGGAAGCAGUACCACUGGAGUAUCCUUUCAGUGCUAUGAAACAAGAACAGCAGAAAAAAUGGACUGAAGAUUUGAACAAACAAAUAGAAGAUGAUCGGCAAAGAAAAAUAGAGGAAAAAAUUACAUCUCCAAAGGGUGAGGAACAUGACAGAUGGGCAAUGCAUUUUGAUUCAUUAAAGAACUAUCCUGCUUCUCAGUCUCAACUCUCCUCUCGGUCAACAUACAACCAACCAGAGUACUUCUGUGUCUCUCCGGACACUCAGGAACUGGCUGAUAUCAGCAGUGUUUAUACACCUAUGACUGGAAGCCAGGUUGAACCUUCAGAGGAGGAGCAUAUAGCAAAACCUCUUAGAGUUACAGCUAUGGCAAACAGUCAGAAAACAAACUUUCUCCGUUCUAUGACUGCCCUCUUGGACCCAGCUCAGAUUGAAGAACGUGACAGGCGACGACAAAAACAGUUAGAACAUCAGAAAGCUAUCACUGCUCAGGUAGAGGAGAAACGCAGGAAGAAGCAGCUGGAAGAACAGCAAAGAAAGAAGGAAGAACAAGAAGAGGAGCGUCGUCUAGCACGGGAACGAGAAGAGAUGCAGAAGCAGUAUGAAGAAGACCUACUUAAGCAAAAACAAAAGGAAGAAAUCAUGACUCUCAAGACAAAUGAGCUAUUCCAGACAAUGCAAAGAGCACAAGAGCUAGCACAAAGACUGAAGCAAGAACAGAGAAUCCGAGAAUUGGCUCAAAAGGGACAUGACACUUCUGGAUUGAUUAAAAAUCUUGGCG